GCAAACCAAUCAUAGGGCUUGCGGUCUGUGUAGAAUUGCUUGUUGUUACAUUUUCAAAGAGGUGCACGUCAGGCUACAUUUUAGUCUGUGUGGCACUCACAGCCUAUGCCAUAUCUUCAGGGUACACACGACGCAGAAGUAUAAGUCAGCCUUAAAUCUUCAGGAAUGCUUGACAAUUACAGGCAGAUGUAUUUGAUUAGGGAUUAAACUUAACUCUGCAAAAGAAUGGUACCAAAGCUGCCCAUCCCUGAUCCAUAAGAUAGGAUAGGGUAUAGAUCAUACAGUUUGUUGGUUUUGAUGCUUUAAAUGUCUAAAUUGUUUUAUGUCUAUUUUUGCCUUAGACCUAAUGGAACUGAAAAUAGCGAGUCAUGAACAAAAAGGAGCUCAAAAGACAGAAACUAAAGGUUAUUUCACCUGCCAACAGUGUGGAAAGACUUUUAAUCAACAUAGAAACCUUCAAGUCCACUUGAGAGUUCACACUAAAGAGAGUCCCUUCACUUGCCAACAGUGUGGAAAGAGUUUCACACAUAAAGACAAGCUUAAAGUCCACAUGAGAAUUCACACUGGAGAGAAACCCUUCACCUGCCAACAGUGUGGAAAGAGUUUCAGGCAAAAAGGAAGCCUUAAAGUCCACAUGAGAAUUCAUACAGGAGAAAAGCCUUACACCUGCCAACAGUGUGGAAAGAGUUUCAGUGAGAAAGGAAAACUUAAAAUCCAUAUGAAAAUUCACACUGGAGAAAAGCCUUACACCUGUCAAGAGUGUGGAAAGAGUUUCAGUGAGAAAGGGAGACUUAUAGUCCACAUGAGCAUUCACACUGGAGAAAAGCCUUACACCUGUCAACAAUGUGGAAAGAGUUUCAGUGACAAAGGAAACCUUACAGCCCACAUCAGAAUUCACAUUAAAGAGAACCCAUUCACUUGCAAACAGUGUGGAAAGAGUUUCAGUAGAAAAGGAAGCCUUAAAGUCCACAUGAGAAUUCAUACUGGAGAGAAGCCUUACAUCUGCCAACAGUGUGGAAAGAGUUUCAGUGACAAAGGCAACCUUACAGGCCACAUGAGAAUUCAUACUGGAGAAAAGCCUUACACCUGUCAAGAGUGUGGAAAGAAUUUCAGUCGAAAAGAAAGCCUUAUAGCCCACAUGAAUAAUCACAGUGGAGAGAGCCCAUUUACCUGCCAACAGUGUGGAAAAAAUUUCAGUAAAAAAGGAAAACUUAAAAUCCAUAUGAGAAUUCACACUGGAGAAAAACCUUACACCUGCCAACAGUGUGGAAAGAGUUUCAAUGAGACAGGAAACCUUAAAGCCCACAUGAGAAUUCACACUGGAGAAAGGCCUCAUACCUGUCAAGAGUGUGGAAAGAGUUUCAUUCGUAAAGAAGGCCUUAUAGCCCACACGAGAACUCACACUGGAGAAACACCUUACACCUGCACUCUGUGUGGGAAUAGCUUCACACGGGAACGAAGCCUCAAGCAACACAUGAGAGUUCACACUGAGAAGCCUUUUGCAUGUGAUCAGUGUGGAAAGAGUUUCACACAUAAAUUGACCCUUUAUUACCACAUGGAUAUUCACACUGGAGAGAAGCCAUUCACAUGUGGUCAGUGUGGAAAGAGUUUCACACAUAAAUUGACCCUUUAUCACCACAUGAAUAUUCACACUGGAGAGAAGCCAUUCAUAUGUGAUAGGUGUGGAAGGGGUUUCAGAUUUAUAGGUUACCUCAAGGGCCACACGAAAAUUCACUCGAAAGAGGACUCUUUUAGAAGUCAUCACUGUGGAAAGAGCAGAGGUGUAAAGAGUACCUGAAAACCAUAAUUGAAUAAAGGUACAGAUACCUUACAACAAAAAUGACUCCAUUACAAGAUACAAGUCACCAAUUCUAAUACAAUUUGAGUUAAAGUCUUAAAGUUUCUGAGACUUAAUUAUAACCAUGCUGAAUUUAGGCUUGAAGAUGCACUAGUUCAGAAAUGUCAGUGAAAAUAAGAAAUUUAUUUGAUUUCUUUAUUAUUUUCUAAAAUCAAAAGAAAUUGACCAGCUCAAUAUUGCAAUAAAUCAAGGUCAACACAACAGCCUCUUAAGGCUGGUUCACACUGUGCGAUUUAUAACAGUCCUUUACGAUGGUUGCUUCUCAGGCUGUAUGAACAAGAUCCUCAUGUCACACUGUGGGAUCUCAGCUGUCAUUAAUGUCAGACUGUACGACAGUCAAGACGCGUUAAAAACGGACACAUGCAUGAAAAAUUGUCCCGAGCUGCAUUACACACAGGACUGAAAUGGUGGCUAACAAAGACAUCUCUAUCAUUAAUUUUGAUCACAGCUUGUCUUGAAAAACAAAUACAAUUUGACAUUCGUCAUAGGAGAAGUCACACUGCAGGAUUGUGCGGCAAAACUUCUGACAUUGCCAGAAUUUUGUCUGAGGUAAAAUUUGAUCAAAGACUACAGAUUUUAGGCUAGGAUUAUAGGAAUCUUUUAGGAUUUGCAAAAUUUGUCUCAGACGACCAAAUCGUGGCCAAAAUCGCACAGUGUGAACCAGCCUUUAAAUGUUAGGAUAAAAAUCUUGCAGUUAACAAAGUUUACAGUUGGGAUUGAAAGUUUGGGCACCCCAGGUAAAAAUUUGUAUUAAUGUGCAUAAAGAAGCCAAGAAAAGAUGGAAAAAUCUCAAAGGCAUCAAAUUACAGAUUAGACAUUGUUAUAAUAUGUCAAAAAAAGUUAGAUUUUAUUUCCAUCAUUUACACUUUCAAAAUAACUGAAAACCAAAAAAAUGGCGUCUGCAAAAGUUUGGGCACCCUGGAGAGUUUAUAUCAUGCACUGCCCCCUUUGAAAAGCUGAGACCUGACAGUGUCAUGGAUUGUUCUCAAUCAUCAUCUGGAAAGACAAUCUCAAAGGUUUUAAAUGCCCAGACUCAUCUGACCUUGCCCCAACAAUCAGCACCAUGGUUUCUUCUAGUUGUCUAGAAAACUGAAACUGAAAAAAAGUUGAUGCUCACAAAGCAGGAGAAGGCUAUAAGAAGAUAGCAAAGCGUUUUCAGAUGCCAAUAUCCUCUGUUUGGAAUGUAAUUAAGAAAUGGCAGUCAUCAGGAACAGUGGAAGUUAAAGCAAGAUCUGGAAGACCAAGAAAAAUAUCAGACAGAACAGCUCGCAGGAUUGUGAGAAAAGCAAGUCAAAACCCACGUUUGACUGCACAAUCCCUCCAGAAAGAUCUGGCAGACACUGGAGUUGUGGUACACUAUUCCACUAUAAAGAGAUACUUGUACAAAUAUGGUCUUCAUGGAAGAGUCAUCGGAAGAAAACCUCUUCUACAUCCUCACCACAAAAAUCAGUGUAUGAAGUUUGCAAAUGAACAUAUAGACAAGCCUGAUGCAUUUUGGAAACAAGUUCUGUGGACCAAUGAGGUUAAAAUAGAACUUUUUGGCCGAAUGAGCAAAGGUACGUUUGGAGAAGAAAGGGCACAGAAUUUACUGAAAAGAACCUCUGUCCAAAUGUUAAGCAUGGGGGUGGAUCAAUCAUGCUUUGGGGUUGUAUUGCAGCCAGUGGCACAGGGAACAUUUCACGAGUAGAAGGAAAAAUGGAUUCAAUAAAAUUUCAGCAAAUUUUGGAUGCUAACUUGAUGCCAUCUGUGAAAAAGCUGAAGUUAAAGAGAGGAUGGCUUCUACAAAUGGAUAAUUAUCCUAAACACACUUCAAAAUCCACAGUGGAUUACAUGAAGAUGCGUAAACUGAAGGUUUUGCCAUGGCCUUCACAAUCUCCUGACCUCAACAUAAUUGAAAAUCUAUGCAUAGACCUUAAAAGAGCAGUGCGUGACAGACAGCCCAGAAAUCUCAAAGAACUGGAAGACUUUUGUAAGGAAGAAUGGGCAAAGAUACCUUAAACAAGAAUUGAAAGACUCUUGGCUGGCUACAAAAUGCGUUUACAAGCUGUGGUACUUGCCAAAGGGGGCAGUACAAGGUAUUACUUCUGCAGGGUGCCCAAACUUUUGCAGACGCCAUUUUUUUGUUUUCUGUUAUUUUGAAAUUGUAAAUUAUGGAAAUAAAAUUAACUUUUUUUUUGACAUAUUAUAACAAUGUCUAAUCUGUAAUUUGAUGCCUUUUGGAGAUUUUUUUCCAUCUUUUCUUGGCUUCUUUAUGCACUUUAAUACAAAUUUUUACCUGGGGUGCCCAAACUUUCAAUCCCCACUGUAUGCUACGUCCUAUCCCUUCUCUAUAGGUUGUUUGCACAUGAUGUCAUUGCUGUUGGCGAACUGUGGCAGGAGAGUAAGGAGUAAUUCUUCUAUAUAGGAAUCCUAAUACAAACUCAAAAUUCCUAUUUUUUGCAUUUUUAUGGUUGCUCAAAUCUAUCAAACCGAGAAACCACAAUGAGCUUUUAUCAUUUACGUAACUUGUAAGGGUUUUUUUUUUUACUUUAAAAGUAAAAAAAAAUAGCAUUUUUUUAUAGCCUUUUUAUAGCAUUUUGUGUCUGCUGAUACUGAAAUGAAUAUGGAUUCCUG